GCCUCCAAAUUCCUUCCAUCUUCCCAUCCAUCUUUUUAUCUUCCAAUUCUCUCUCUCUCUCUCUCUCUCUCCGAAAUCUGAAUUAUUUCUACCAAUUCUACGGUGAACAUGGAGGAUUCCAGAGCAAGAGCGACUCGGAGGAGUCGUCCAACUUCUUCUACAGCAACCGCGACCGUCUCAUGCGACACCAAGGACCCUGCGAGCUUGGGCAAUCUGGUGACGGAAUCUCUUUCUACAGAAUGGACAGAUGAGAAGCACAGCUUGUACCUCAACUCCAUGGAAGCAUCAUUUGUAAACCAGUUAUAUGAAUCCAUGGAUCUGCUAGGUUUUUGCCGCUCGUCAGAUCCAACGUAUUCCAGGAAAAAGCAUUUCAGCACCCUUACCCCUUCUGGCCAGUUUAAGGUUCAUCGAAAUGGCAACUGGCAGAGGAUUAAUUUUGAAAGAGCUGCUAAUCUUCAGCUAAAGAAAGCAGAUGGGUCUGAUGUUUUUCUGGAAAAUCCUUGGAUCCAACACUAUCGAACUAGAUGCGUACCCCACGUUGUAGCAUCAGCAGAUCUCCGAAAAAAUGGUGCAUCCACAAGUCAAGCAUUGGAUUUGAUUGGGAAUAAGGCUGCUUGUUAUUCGAAGCAGAUUCAUGCGAGUGACUCUCAUCUGUGCCAUCACAAUUUGGUUGGCAGCGACACAGCUUUUGCAGAGGUUUCGGAUCAAAACUUUGUUGAUGAAGAAGUUGAAGGAGAAAAGGAAAGCCAAAUUUGCAAUGCGAAAAGGACGAAUUCUUUUAUAACCGAUGCUUCUAGCAAUGAUCAGGUUGUUCCACACAAUGAAUCUUCCGCAGCAGCAGCAGAUGUUACCAAGAACUGCAUUUCUGCGGCUAGAUAAAGGAGUACUUCACCGGUGACUGGCAGACAGAUAACAAGACUAACAAGUGUGACUACCACCUAAUCAGAAGGUUUUAUAUUCUCUGUGUGUGUAUGAGAGAGAGAGAGAGAGAGAGAGAGAGAGGCAUUGAGGAUUCCCUGCCAUUAAUUUGUUGUAAGUGGUUAUUACUGCUGCUACAUACAGAUAUGGAUAAUGUUGUAUAUAUCUUUUAUUUUUGUAUUUUUUUUUCCCCUCCAUGUCAUCGAUAGUACUAUUGCCAUUCUGCAACUAUUCUACGACUUUGGCCGUGCUGGAAAUGGGAGUACUGAUGAUCUGCUGAGAGAUGUUUUCCAUGUUUCUUUCGGAUGUUCUGUAAUGAAUUUCUGUUGAAUCUAUGGAAAAAUAUUUGUAUGUGUUGAUUUAGCA